AUGAGGUCUGGAGCAACUAUGGAUCCAUUAAGAAGGGAAGAAAUAAAGUUAAAAUCUGCUUCGAGACGUCUGAUGGAUAGAGUAAGAAGUUUGAGCGUAUCAAGGAUAAGGGAAUAGUUGUGCGGAGGUGGGAUGAUGAUGAAGCCUUAGAACAAAUGAAGCAUACGACAACAAUUUAUUCUGGAAACGUUUUCACCUUAGUUGAUCAAGAUAUGGAUGAUACAUUAUGAGAAUGAGACCAUGAGACAUAAAACAAAGUAGCGGUCCUAAUAAAAAAAAAGUGAAAUUUAAAAAAAAAAAUGGUUGAGGAGCUCCGUCCCUCAAAAUCAAACAUAUAGUAUUUAAUUUUUAAAAAAUGAAUCCAUUUAAAAGGUAUUUUAUUAAUUUAUAAUAUUUAUAUGACGCUAUACAUGUGUUUGUUGUCUCCAUCUUACAAACAAAUGAUGUAGUAAAUUUGAGUUUAGCAGAACUAAUUUUACCAAAUUUAAAUUUUUUAUCGAAUUUUCCAAGAAAAUAAAGACUAAAGGAUUGUAUUGCAUCUGCUAUAUUAAAAUGUAUAUUUUUUUUUCGCUACUUUAGGACACUUAGCUGCUCUCUCUAGUCCGAAUAAGCCCAAACCCGAAAAGUACAGUUAUUUUUUUUAUUGGCGGAUGUGAUAAAGUUUUAGUUUUAUUUUAUUACGAAUUUUACCAUAUUGUUGCGGGGUCGGUGGUUUUUUUUUUUAACUUUGUAUAUUUCUAUAGAUUCUCAAAUAAAGCUAAGGGGAUGAAAUUGUGCGUAUGCAUAGAGUAAGUAUCAGGGAUAGACCUUUUGGGGAUUUCGACUUUCAACUCAUCCCAACUCAUCGUAUGCUCAAAUUUCACGUUUUCGCAGGAAAUAUCGGAUUUUAAAUACAUCUGUUGACUAAAAUGUAUUAAAAUUCAGGUGACCAUAACUAUUUUAGAUCAAUUAUAAAUAAUAUAAAUAAAAUAUUGUAACGGUGGUGACAAGUCGGCUAGAGGGAAAUUCGACACUAUAGUGUCGCGGAGCUCUUUUGUUCACGGAUGUCUCAAUAUUAGUGAGUUUUAAAUGUAUAGCGUGUUACGGUUCCAACCGAAAAACACCAAAACUACUGCGUCCUAUUUAGCUUAAUUUAGCUACUCAGGAAAUCAUGAAUUUAUUGUGUUUCAUCUGAUGUAACUCUAUACACAUCACGUGAUGUAAAACGACUGUAUAAUAUACUAUAAUAUUGUGUACCGACUAUGAUAUUAUUGUUACUGUCGAGUUGCGGAAAUGACAUAAAAAAGGUACAAUGAUGUAUAUAUUUUAUUUAUAGAUAUACAGGAUGCCCUACGAAGAUAAACCCGUUUCAAUAUCUCCGGAGAUAAUUAAGAUAAUCAAAUUCUGUUUUUUUUUUUUUAUAUAUAUAUAUUACUCACGGAAAUAAAGACUACACAUAAUUAUAUUUCAAUUAAUAUUUAUUAUUUUUGAAAAAUUUGAACAUAGUCAUUUUGUAGAGUUUAUUUUUCCGAAAAUGUUGACGUGUUAAUUUUUUUAUUAUCAAUUAAUUCGUGAUUUUUAAUAAUUUUUUUAAUUUCAGAGAAAAAGUGUUCCGUCAAUUAGCCAUAAUAAUAAUAAUAACAAUCAAUUAACGAAUGCGAUUACAGCCUGCUGUAUAAUUAUAGGUUCUUUUUUCUGAACUUUAAACAAUUAUUAAAAAUCACGAUGAAUGAAAAUAAAAAGUUAAAACCUCAAAAUAUUUUUAAAGAAUAAAUUGUAUAAUAUCGCUACCUUCAAAUUUUUCGAAAAUUAUAAAAUAAACAAUUCAUUUUUUAGUUAUUUUUUUACCAACACUUACAAAUUCAACUCAAAUAAUGAAAUAAUAAAGUAUAAACAAAAUUAUUAAAAUGGUUAAUACUCUUAAAUAUAUAAAUAAAAAAUGUACGUAUGAAAAUAAAAAAUAAAUAAAUGAAUAAAUGCGUCACCUGGAGUAUUAUGAUAAGUCAUAAGCGAAUCCCCGUGAGCAAUACAACAAUAACAGAAUUUGAUUAUCUUUAAUAUCUCAGAAGAUAUUGCAAUAGGUAUGUCUUCGUGAGACACUAUCUGUAGGUAUAUAUUUUGUUAAUUUGUUGAAAUGCAAAUUAUUCACUAAACAAUUGUUUAUUUUUCUGAAAUUGUGUGAAUUCGUAUUUAGGUAGUCUCGGCGAAUUUUUAGUGAAUUUCCACUGCAUGCAUACUAACCAAUCCCUUAAAAAUACCUCAGCAGAGGUGAGCUGAGCAGACAAAUGCCUGCCGCCCAGCCUUCAGUGAAGUUAUUUAAUUUUUAAAGUAUAUUGUUUCGUUUCAAAAUCUACUAAUUCAAACAUAUGCCAUGAAUUUUUUAAUGUAUAUUGGACACAUAGUAGCAAAAUUGUACUUUACUGGGUGAUCAUCAACAUUACUGCAAUGUGUCCAUUUGGAUAUAGAAAUGCUCUUAAAAAACACUCUGGGUACUCUAGUAGUUUAUUGUUUAUAGGCUCUAUCAUCAGAAAUUAUAGACUCCGGUAAGCACGGAAUCAUUUAAUACUGUAUCUACGAUAUUCUUAUAAAUUAUUUAGGUAUCUAUCUAAUAUUAUUUUCAACAUAAAUAAGUAAAUGUAAUAUUAUUGUGUCCUUGUUUGAAUUUUUUUAAAUUCUGAGCAUAAUGAGGAAUGUAUUAGUUUACUACGAUGUGUUUUUUUUUUUUUUUGCAACAUUUUUACCAGAAAUCUUGCUCUAAUCAAAAAAUGACAAUAAAACGGCAUUAAUUUCGUUAUUUUCAAUUUUGGAUUUUUACUAUAAUUUACAAUUUUCACCAAAUACUUAUAUUAACUUUUUCUAGACAUGAUAACGUUUUCAAACAUUUUAGUGAUUUUCGAGUUAUUUAAAGGCAUUUUAUGUUUGUAAAUUCUGUAGAUAAAAUGGUUUGAUUAAAUACAAAUGCUUAAAUACCUAUUUAUAUUUUAUAAGAGUUUUAAGAUCAAAUUUGACGAAAAUCGUAAAAAUAACAUUUCAGAACAUGUAUAACUGAACUUCGUUCAGAAUCGUAUUUCAUUAGCUAUGAUUUAUCGUUGCUUACGUAAAUAAAUUAAAUUAGUUUAGGUAUCCUAUAUACCUUUCCAAAUUUUCACUUACAACAGUUAGAUUUAUUAUCAAUUAAAAAAAAUAAUAAGAGGGCUUUUAAAUUUAAGUAUGAUAUAGUAUCAAACGGUAUCGUAGGAAAAUUUUUAUUUAACGUUAGUUUUAUAUGAUAUUCUAUUAUUUCUGCAGGAUUUAGUAGUAACUUAUAGUAUUAUAACUAAUAAGUACUGAUUAUGAAGGCGGUGCGCUGUACAUUUUAACACAUGUACACAAAUUUGAUAUUUUAAAUAUUUAUAAUAUGAAAUAAUAAAAUAUGUAGGCACUUACUGGUUAGGUAAACACUGCAAACAUUAGCUAUUAUUAUAAUCACUCCGUGGUUUAAAUACAACUGUUUAAAUUAUGUAUUUUUUUUUUAGUUUCCGUCAACGGCGUGUGGAGUAUACAGAGCGGGGUUAAGGGGGAUUCAGCCUCCCACAUUGGUCGUGUUAAACACAAAAUAUAAUAAUAGAAACUAUUCGGUAGUGAAUAAUUCAUUACUAACACUAUAAUAAUCAUUGUACAUUUCCACUACUUGUUCAAUUAAGUAGGUACAAAUAAUAUUGUACUAUAUAUUUAUGGAUUUUGGAAAAUAAUUUUUUUAGUGGAGUUUUGUUUCAGUUUAGUCCUUCCCGUUGAAAAAUCAUAGGUAUGCCUCUAGUUUCCGUGUAGAUAGAUAUUUUUAUCGUUUACAUAUUUUACCGUAGAAGAAAAAAAAUGGUAAAAACGCGUGGACGAACUAAAAUAUAAGUACAAUAUUAGUUGGCGAUAUGUUAUAAAAAUAUUCAACAUUCAAAAUAUUAUUACUUGAUAAUUAAUAAUUAAUAAUUUUAUUAAUUAUUUCUGUUUUCAAGAAGGGAUCUGCGUUGGUACAAUUCCUAUUAUUUUACGCCUUUACCACGCAUGCACGUGAAUUAUAUUACUUGUAUAGGAUACCUUCAUAAGAUAUAUUAAAGGGAAAAAUCCGGUGUAAAUGCGCAUGGUCACGUUAGACUUCACGGUUAGUUACGAAUAAAUUAAAUGCAAUUAUAUUAUAAUAUUGUUGUUCGUACAAUUUGAUAUUUAAAGUAUACACAGAAAGGUAGAAGUAUAUAGGUAGGAUAAACUUAAAACUUAAUAUCCUUCAGUACAAAAAUGGACGUUUAUUUCUAGUCCAGAGUUAUAUAUACCUAUAUAUCAUAUAUAUUAAAUAGAACAGUUGGAUUUUGUCCAAAAUGUAAAAAAAAAAAAAAAAAAAAAAAAGAAAAAAGAAAUGAAAAUGAUCAUAAUAUUAACAACAAUAAUUAUAUACGUAUAAUACGUGGGUGAAUGACAGCAUUGUGGAACGAAUCCGUUGAUCGUUUAUCAAGGUCUCGGAAUCGAUGAAAUAUUAGACAGUCAUUUUUUUUUCUCACUUUUUAAUCACGUUCUUUUUUUGUACUAUUGUGGCUUGUAUAUAGGAAGAAAUGAUAUAUACAAGUAUAUAAUAUAUGUGUGUAUAUAUAAAAAAAAAAAACAAAUACGAUUCAUUUUUAGUUUAUUUUUUCUGUUAUUCCAUGGGUACUUUUUUGUGAGUACCAGGGAGAGUAUCUAUAUAAAGAUGUUUUUGUCACCUAAUUUUCGAUAUUUUGUACGUCUACCUACAUUCUUCGGUUCCAAGGAUAUUCAAACGAGUAUUGUUCUUCGCGGUAUGAAGAUGUAAUGUGCAAUUGUUAAAAAAAAAAUUGGUUAAAUAUCCAUUUGGAAUUUAGCUUUGUAUUUGUAUACGAAUUAAAGUGAAACUGAUUUUAAAAUUUUACGUUAGGUAAGUAAAUUGCUAAUAUUUUAUAUUUUGAGCGUAGUGAGGAGUGUGUAUUAGCGUAUAGUUUUACUAUAUUAUGUAUGCGACCAUGCUCAAAUUAAAAAAACGACGAGAACUUUUUUGUAACAUUUUGGAUCUAGUUAGUGUAAUGAGUGUAAUAAUUUGAAUUUCCUAGUGGUUUUUAUGUAUUUGGAAAAAGUCGGAUAAACGUAAAAAUGUACGGCAUUAAAUUUCAUUAAAUUAGAUUUUUUUUUUUUUUUUUAUUGGUUUUAUGAUAAUAUAAUUGUUUUGUCUGAAUAGAAGAAAUUCUUGACAGUUGAAUUCGAAGUUCAUUAUAAAUUGUACUUGGUGGUAAAAAAAAAAUUGAACAUAAUGUAGUAGUUUUCUUUAUUCCAGGUUCAAAUUUUGACUAAAAUCGUUAAAAAUGACGGCAUUUUAAAACAUGUAUAACCAGAUUUGGUUCAGAAUCGUAUUUUGUUUAAUGAUUUAUCGUUAUGUACAGAUAAAUUAAAUAACUUUAUGUAUCUUCCUAUCUUCAACCGAGAUACUCCCAUCAGCAAUAUCAGAUCUUUUAUUUAUUUGGUAUUAUAAGUAUCUGUUAAUUUUUAGUGUUUUUCGUGCUAUAAUUAUUACGAAUAACUAUAGCGGUAUAUAUUAUUAUUUAAUUAUUCGGCGGGUUUUUAUUGAACAUUUUAUACCGGAUGAUCCAAUUUAAAGUGCCACUUAAUUUUUAAUUUUAUUAUAGUUAGCAGUAAUUAUAAUAAUGUACCUACUUAUACUGUAUUUUGUUUAUACAACCUUGUUCUAAAGUCUAUUUUAUAAUCCGGGUGAUUUUUUUUUCUAAGUUGUAUGUUAUAAAACCAUGUAUAUAAUUACUUAGAUAAAACAAAUUAUAAGACAAUUAAUAUUAUAAUUAUUCAAGUAUUACCUACAUACAUGUAGUAACUGAUCGAGGAAAUCGAGGUAGACCUUUAGUCGUUAUAUUAUUUUGAUAGGCAGUAGUUAAAAGUUGAAAUGUAAUAUAAUUUCACGUUUUAAUGAUUCCGAUAUUAACAUAAUUUCUCGCGAUAGGCAGUACGAAUAUAAUUAAUUUUUAGAUUGGCUAAGUAAAAAAUAAUUUUUUUUAUUAUUAUUAUUAUUACUCACACAAUCAAAUUGAAUUCAACGAUGCGUGAAAUUGAUUGACAAUAAAUAGACAAAAUACAGGUACCUACGUAAUAGUGUUUGAACUAUAUAUUAUACAAAUUAUUCCAUACCAAUUUGUCUUGAAAUGUAUAAUUAGUUGAUUAAUUAAUCAACUGAAUAUUAUUGCAUCGACGGCGACGGUCUCUAACCGGAAAUUAUUUAUCUAGUUGGUAGAUAGGUAGAUAGGUUUUACAGUUACUGCAGAUUCGAUGGACAUGAGUUGGCGAACAAUACAAUCUGUUCUUAUCUCGAUACAUAGUAUUAUAUUAUUAUCAAAUUUGAAAUAUGGACUUUAUAGGUACUUAUCUAUUUAAAAUUUUACAUAUAUUUAUAUCUACUAAUAUGUCUUUGGUCUUAGAGAAGAAGGUUUUAAAUUAAUUUCGUAUAGUUUUCAGUACAAGUAAAUAAAAUGUUAAAAAUUUGCUAAGCUGCAUAAAAUCAUAACUGUGAAAUGGCUAAAUUAUUAAACAGCCUAACCCAAAGAUAGGCGUCAAAUAAAUGGCUCAAGUCAUAAAACUAUGGAUUUUUACGAAACAAAAUAAAAUAUGUUUGCGACAUAAAAUAUUUUAUUUUUAAGUACACAAUUGUAUUAGAAUGGCAUUAAGACAAAAAAUAAAAGGAACAGAAUUACUUAAGAUAAAAUUAUUAUAAAAUAUGCUAAAAAUUGAUUUGAGACCUUCUCUUCUGGUAUAAAAGUUUUGUGCUUACUUAUUCGAUAGCUGACAUCCGUUUUAUUAAAGAACUAUAUGUGUGUCUGCGCGUCAUAAUAUGCCAACUGCCAGGCGCGCGAACAAACAAUAUAAAUGAACCACAGAUAAUAUGGAUACACAAUAUAUUGUAUAGUAGAUAUUAUUAUUAUUAUUACAAUUAUGCAAUGAUAACAUUGUUUGCAUUAUUGGCAAAUGACUCGGCUAUCCAGUUAGUAAUAUGUAUAUAUAUAUAUAUGUAUAAUAAUAUAGGUAAACGUAUCUAUGUUAAUAUCACAGAUAAUAUAAGAUAGAUAUAAUGUUUUUUCGAGUUUCAUAAUGAUAAUAAUGAGUUCAAAUAAUUAUGUUGUUGUUACGUUCGUUUACGGUGGAUUUCAUUUCAACGACACUUAGAUAUUGUUGUAAGAUAUAUCGCAUUGGCGUGUUUUGACGUGUUGUGUUGCACAACUCGUCGUGUACUUAUACUAUCGUGUGUAAUUCUCGAUCUCGGACGACAAUACUAUGUCGAUUUUUCACAACGCGUCUACACAGGUUACUAAUUUCGUUAUAUUUUAAUACCUACUGGUGAACAUUUGCGCCUACAGAGGACGACGUUCUAUAUAUUACAUAGAGUGUCCCAUUUAAAUACAUUUAUUUUUUUCACAAAAUGUGCUGGUAUUGGUACAAAAUUAUGAACUAAUGAUAGGUCGUUAAUUGUCUACAAUUUGUUGAAGUUAACAUUAUCGCUAUUAAAUAAAAUAGUCAAAGCGCAAGGCUCUAGUGUUUAUGUAUACCAAAAAAACAACCUUUCAAAAUAUCGAAUAAAACAAAAGUGAGACACACUGUAUUAUGACAUAUACAGUUUUGAAAUCGGUACGCGUUUACCACACUCGAUAAAUCAACCCUUUUUUUUAAUCCGAUAUAUAUAAUAUUACACAGACGGGGUAUACGUUUACGUCGUUCCACAUAGCAGUAUAAUAAUCGAAGUAUGGGCAAAGUUGGGCUUUAAUACUUUUUCUAUAAAAUGUUAGCGUUUCGUUUUAGAUUCUGAUCGAAAACCGGGAAAAACGAUACGAUAUUAAACAAAUAUUAUGAAAGAAAAUAUAUAAUGCCUAUUUAAUUAUUUUACCAUAAUUUGUUAUAUGUAUAUAUAUAUAUUGUUGACAAAGCAUCACUAUCAACUGGACUACGCUCAGAAUCGUUUUUUCGUUAGCAAUGGUUUAUCGUUGCUUACAGAUGUAUAUUAAAUUACCUAUAACAGUGGCUGUACCCCCGAUUCCAUUAUCCUAGGACGUCUUUUUUUUUUAUGACAUGUGUUAAAUAUAUAUUUUACGGUGCGUUAUUAUGUCAUAGAAGCUAUUUGGAGCUGCUGAAAGAUCUCCGUCGUAUACAAGUGUAUACACAAUAAUAAUAAUAAUAUCAUAAAGUGUCCGGCCUUGCGCGAAUUCGUCGUGCUGUGCGACGGAUUAUUGUAGUGCGGGCCGGUGCGGUGUGACCGAACCGGGCUGGGAGGGCGAAAGUUGAAAAGAAUUCCCGGGCGUCUUUAAUAAUACACUGCGUCAUACUGUAUACACACACGAGAAUGAUAAUGCCACGGCGCGUGACACCCCAUCGGGGUUUUCGUCUCUUUGGGGGCGGAUAUAAAGUAAUACAUAUAUAUAUAUAUUUAUGUGUGCGUGUGUGUGUGUACAAUACUAAAUCGUCCCCGGAGGCGUAUUAACGUUCCCUAUUUGAAACGAACCGCCGAUGCGAACGAAUUUCCCCAGUAGGGUCUUUGAUUGCUUAUCACAAAUAAUGUAUAAUGUCAAUAAUACGGUUUCAAUAGUAACGAUAGUAAACAUCGUAGCCAGUUUGUUUCACUAUUAGUUCAAUCUCAAUGCUGUUUCAAGGUUUUGAGUGUCUUUUAAUAGGCGUGAGCCUAAAACCUACUAGGUACAUUAAAUGAAAAGCCUGCCGUAGUGGUUUGGAUAAGAAGGGGAUCCAUAGCGCGGACGACACCGCCGAGCAUACGGCCUUUGAGUGCCCGCAUCAUGGUUUUGGCGAGGAAGAUGAGAGGUCGAAACAGGCUGCGGAUCCGGUUGCUAGUUGUCGAAGACGAAGCCUCGCAGUUGCCUGGUUAGGCUGUAUGCGGUUGGCGGCUCUGCUUAGUAGAGUGUGCCGAGCCGGGGAAGUAAUGCCAAUGAAGGUGGUGUUCAAUUGGAAGAAAACAAAUAAAUCAGAGAGGAAAUGGAAAAGUUUGACUUAA